GAAGCAGAUAAUAAUACUCCACCCAUUCUCGUAUCUUCACCAUCAAAGAGGAAAUACCUUCUUUAUUAGCCAGCGCAGUGAGUGAGGAGAGGCAUUUCAUUUCAUUUGAUGCUCCUCCUCCUUCCUCCCCCUUCCUUGCUUCCUCUCUACUCACCCAGCGAGCGAGCGAGCUGUCGAUCACACGGCUACGGCGGCCUACGGCUUAGCCUUUCCCUCCCGCUUUGCCUAAAGAAUUAGAGAGAUUGAUGCCAUUGUUCGAUUCUCUCGCCUUCCUUUCUCCUUCUCCCCGCGCCUUUUUCUGCCCGUCUUUUCCCUUCCGUCGCCACAUUCAUCGCCUCGUGGCGGCGUGGCCUAUCUCUCUGCUCCGCUUAUUACUAGUACUAGCAUGUACCCUCGGCAGCAAAGGAUUAGUUGCUUAGUUCCUCAUCUUCUCCGUGAUCCGUAGCCACCUUCUCCCUCUCUCUCUCCGUCCUCCAUUGUUCUUGGCUGCCGGCUGCGUCUUCUUCCUGUCGCCAACAUCCAAGAAACUUUCUGCGUUUCUGCAAGUGCGGCCGCCGGCCGGCCGGAGGAAGCUGAGCCGCACGCAGAGCGAGGCCUUCAUUGCUCCACCCAUGGACGGCUGACCCUGCAACGCCGUAACAGCAGCUCGAGGUUUCUCGCCGACGAGCGCGGCCGGCCAUGGAGAGGGCCUGGAGAUCGGGGGCGCUGUCGGAGACGGCGUCUUGCGCCGACACGCCCAGGUCCGGCUCCGGCCACUCCUCCUGCAACCUCCAACACCGCCACUCACAGAGUAUGCUGAGGACACGUGAGGCUGCAGUGGACAUGUCGCCGCGAUUCUCCUACUGCAAGCCUACCAUCAACCGGGACAGCAAAAUGCUCCACAGAAGGCACUCGCUUAACUUGCCAGAGCAGUCGUUGCCUGGCCGUCACUCCAGGAAAACAACGGAAAGAACUCAGAAGGCAACUUCAAAGUCCAUCGCAGAUUUAGCUGGGGAGAUCGCGGCCCUCGAGCAGGAAGUCAUCCGCAAGGAACUGCAUCUGCUGACCCUCUACAGAAGGGCAUUUGAUCAGCAGCUAUCCGAUUCCUGCAGUUUUGUGAGCGAGCAGGUGGAUCAAGAAGCAACUAAAAGUAUUGAUGAGGGCGCGCUCCGUCUAAGAGAUAUCAAGCAAUCUGCAGCCUUCAAUUUGCCAACUGUCUCAGAUUCUAUGAGUGAGGUAUCGUCAAGACCGGCUUCGAAGCAUUCCAGCCUAGUGAACUUCUUGAAUGCUUCUAUUUCAGACUACGUACCUAAGAUCUCUUGCAAACUAUCAGAGGACAUCCUCGGGUGCAUUGCUUCGGUCUACUGCAAACUUGCAAGCACGCCAUCUCAAGAUGCCGAGUCCGUGACUUCACCAAGUCAUUCUGUUUCAUCUUCAAGCACCUUCUCUCCGAGGCGUCGUAAUGACAGCUGGAGCCCUCGGUACACCUUUGAUGCCACCACAAGCCCUCGCCGAUAUCCAUACCAAAAAGAGAAUAGUGAGCAGAACAUAGGCAUGAUCAUUGUUCCAAGGAUACAUAUAGAUGCUGGCAAGUUUGAAUAUGCGUCAAAAAUGCUGGAGACUAUCAGGUCCCUGAUACAGCGGCUCGAAAAAAUCGAUCCAACAAAGAUGACACACGAGGAGCAGCUCUGCUUUUGGAUCAACAUCCACAAUGCUUUAGUCAUGCAUGCUUUUCUGGCCUAUGGGAUACAUGAUAAACGCCUGAAGAGCACUGACAUGAUUCUGAAGGCUGCGUACAAUGUGGGUGGUGAAUCAGUAAAUGCGCAAACUAUUCAGAACUCGAUCCUCGGAUGCCAAUCCCAUCGUCCAUCAUUGUGGGUUCGCGCGCUGUUCACACCAGCAAAAAGAUCCUUGGCAGGGUCGACGGCGAGGCACCCCUAUGCUCUUCACCAUUCCGAGCCGAUCGCACAUUUCGCGCUCUCCACAGGGACAUUUUCAGACCCACCCGUGCGGCUUUACACGGCCAAGAAGAUCCACCACCAGCUGGAGCGAGCACGGACCGAGUUCAUCCAGGCCAAUGUCGCGGUGAAGAAGCAGGCCCUCCUGCUGCCCAAGGUGCUCCACUACUAUGCCAAGGACGCGGCGCUCGAGCUGCGCCACCUCGUGGAGCUGGUGUGUGAGAGCACGUCGGAGACCCAGCGGAAGGAGAUGGCCCAGCUCCAGCACCGGCUCAGGAGAAAGAUCGACAAGUGCGUGGAGUGGCUGCCCUACAAGUCCAACUUCAGAUACGUUGUACAUAGGGAUCUGGCCGAGUAGGCAGGGCAGGCACCGGUUUUCGGUUUUGGUUUUUGGUUUUGUUCUUAUGGUGUAAGUAGUUACCGGGUUUUAGAUGAACCUAACCCAUGGUGUGGUGUGUAAGUGUGUAAAUACAGCUGAAGUGUGAAUUGUGUUGGUUUUGGUUAUAGGGGCUGGGUGUACUGGUGAUCUAAAUUGUGAAACCUUCUCAUUUUGCCA